AUGGCGCCCCCACCCGCUCUACCCGUCACGGCCGCAUCGGAUGAUUUGUACGACAGCACGCCUGUGGCGGAACCUCUGAACCUUCCUCCAUGGGCUUACAAUCCGGACGAUGAGAUAUUCCGUGGCAUGGCUAUAGAGGAACCAAGCGUCCCAAACACACCAAAAAGGGUCGAUGAGGAAGAUGCAAAGACUCCCACGGAUGCCGAAGAUGUUACGGUUGAGGAUGGUGCGGUGUCAAGACCAGUCGUGGCCGGUGCUGAGGCUACCGAUCGGCUUAGUGUGGUGUCCGCUGAGGACCAGAUUGCAAUCGGGAAUGCAAUGGAUGACUUUGGGGACAACAAGUCGGACAAUUCCUCGAUCUCGAGCAUAGCGAGUCCGGCUACUGUUGUCGACAAUCGCUUUAGCAGGCUAAUACCGAUGGGCGACCGUAUAGGGGAGCAUUCUGCAGAGGCGGUGGGCAUGAGCUCGCAAGCUAUUCCCGCUGGUCCGAUUGGUACCAUCGCGCCACCUCGAGAAGACUUUACGCCCGCAGCAGAGAAGACCGUUGGCGCUUCGCAGCAGAAUGAGCGGCGGCACGACCAUCGUCCGGCUCUCGGACCAGACGACCGCUUGGACUCGCGAGGGUUCAUGAGUCGCUCGUACCGCGGUCGGGUAGAGCAAGCUUACCGCGCGGCUGCUCCUACUACAAGGAACGAGAACACCCGUCCUGCUCCGCAACCGAGCCAAACGAAUACUGAGGCCUCCGAAGAAUCCGUACGGGUGGACCUGAGCGCGUUCAGCGGCCCACCUGCAAGCACACCACCGUUUCAGCAACAUCCUGUAUUUCGCAGCUCUGGCGUCGUGCAGCCCACCGAGUAUGAGAGGCUGCGACUGUCGCAAGCACCGUCCGACACCGAGCACUCUGUGGAAGUCGAUCCGAAGCGCUUCUCUCGCUUCUCUCGUACAGGUGCUGACAGCCUUGAUACCACCACUGGCGCACCACCGCCCAAUGCAAUCACCGAUUCGUAUGGCCUGGACACGAUGGAUUUGUACGGUGCUGAAGCUUUACUCAAGGAGACUGGAGGCUCGGCGCCCAACCGUCGAUCAGGCAUUUGGGAGGCAUUCAAACGUUCACCAAGUGCCUCACACACCGGCUACAGCAGAGAGAGCUCGAUCGCGCCGCUUGACAAACGCAGAGACCCCAGCGGCAGAUCGCAGGCGGAUGAAGUUGCCAAGCGAAACAUGCUUAAGAAGGUACAGCGCUCAGCGUCUGCGGCUAUGCCGGUGACGGAUGCGAAGAAGAAGCGUUUCUCUGGUAUUGGUGCAUUGUUCGCACGUUCCAACACGCAAGGCCAUAAUACCAUCAAGCCCAACAAGCUGACAAAGAGGCAACCCUCCGUCAAGGAAAGUCUCGAGACACGAGAUGUCGAGUCGUUCAAGCAGCGGCCGGCGUACCAGCAGGGAGCGGUACACCAUCCCUAUGACGGCGUGUUUGCCAACACUGUAGCUUCAGGAAGGACUCCUCAGCUUGAAGCAGUGCCACGAAAUACACAGCCGGGUCCAAGGGAGUACUAUGGCCCGCAGAGCGGACAGUCUCCAGUCGAGCCAAUGUCGCCACAACACAUGCACACACCUCCAAUCGAGCUGCAGCGUGAGCGUCCGGCGCAGUACCGACGAUUACAUAGUGGCGGCUUCCGUCAAGGCUUACAACAAGCAAAUAUACCGGACGCCUUCCGGCCUACAGUGGCCGGAUUUGGUAGAGACAUACCGGAAGCGUUUAGACCAACCGAAGUAUCGUACGGUAGAGCUCCGGUACCGAUCGGACCUCCUCCGGAACAUGAGCUGCCAUAUGCCGAACCACCGACAGCAAGCACACGCCAACCGACACUGCCGACGCAGCAGCCAUACUGGGGCACGCCACCGCCGGCGUCAGAUCACAACAACGAUCGCUUCUAUGACCCGAUGCAACCUCCAUCAUCGGGACUCUCGGGCGCGUAUCAAGCACCGGAACAAGCUCGCUCUAGCAUGGACUACGAGAACCCAGGGUGGAGGCGAGAAGACUCACAUACUUCGAUGUCUCCGACCCACUCAAGGACUAGCUCGGAACUGCCACGGUAUCACCGUGUUGGUUUGCUCGAUCAACAGCUGAGCAACUAUCCAGCACAGCCGUAUGCCGACCAGCAGACGGCGUGGAACGGCAGCGUACAGUAUCAGCGCCCGGAACAAGCAGGACAGCCACCUUGGACGCAACCGCCUCAUGUGCACCCAGGGAUGCCUGUGAGUCCUGAGCAGUAUGGUCACCACCCUUACGGGAUACAGCCUCGUGGCGUACCUUACUCGCCGCAGACGCCGUCGAGCCAUCAACAUGCAGGCAUACGGACCCAGCAAUUGCCGCCGAACAGAGGCUCACCGUACGAUACGCUACAGAUGCGAGUCGCACCACGUUCGUUUGCAUCGCCGCCUUACUCGCCUCAGCAUGCUCAGCAAUCAUUCUACGGUACUCACGGAAGGCCAUCGCCACAAGCGGGUUACGGCCAGGAGCAGCAUGACGGGGACAUGCCUUCGAUGCGAUCGCCGAAUCAUCAGCAACGGCAUUACCCUCCGGCACAAUAUGCGGAGCAAUCACGACCGCUGACGUAUCAAGGGAAAACAGCUAGCUACGCUGCCCGUUGGGAUGCUGCUGCGAUGGGCGAGCAAGAUCUUCAUCAUUCGAAUGCUGCCGCGCAGGCCAGACAGUGGCCGCAGUAUAAAUGA